UUGGCUUCAUCAGUUCCCGACUUUCAGACAGUUUUUGGCUCAGAGACACAGAUGUCUGCGUGGAACAGGAAACAGGAGAAGUUGUGAUGUUCACUAUCCUCAUAUUGGUCCACUUGCUGAUGUUUCACCAGGACUGAUUGACAGAAAUCAGCUCCUGUGAACAGAAGACACACAGAUGUUAACAGCUGCACUGAAACACAAAACAAGUCAACACAACAAGACUCCAAACAGGUCAAAUAUCAGCUUCUUACCUGCACAGGUGAAGCAGAAAUAGGAUCCCACUAAAGAUUUAGAUUCAAUUCAUGAAGGCCAACACACAUCAGUUAAUAGAUACAACCAGUAAAUAUUCAGCUAUCUUCAAAAACUAAAAUCAUCCUUAUUUCUCACACUGAGAAGUCACAAAACUGCAUUAAAAAAAUCACUAGUUCAAUUUUCAUUUGAAAAAAAAACAACAACUUUGUGAUCAGCUUUUAAUUGUUAACUACUGGUGAAUUCAGCCAUGAAUGUGAAACAUAAACUUUAAUGACCACUUUUUUCUCUCAGCUGUUUGCUGCUGUACCUCAGUAUCAUCUGUUCUGUUUCAUCUGUCAUCAGGUUGUAAAGUGAAGCUAUAAACAGAUCAGCUGUGUUACCUGUCAACAGUUGUGAGCAGUGACAGGAAGCAGCCAGCAGGUGGCAGCACAUCAUCAUAACAGUGGUGGGAUCGUCAUGAAAACAGAUUGAUAUGACAGCGUGUGAUUGGUUGAAUCUGAGGAAGAAUGGUGUGCAGUCCAUACAUGUUCAUUUGUUUUUCAUCAUCACCCCAGCAUGAAAAUUAAAAGAUGUUAAACUUUAACAAAGAAGAGUUUCCUGUGUAAUAAAUGUGAGGACUUCCCAAACAUGUCUUCAUUCUUUAUCUAUUGUGUUUAAAAUGUUGUAUUUAAGAAAAAGUUGAGCUGGAUUUUAAGAGAAUGCAGUAAUUCAGAGAAAUUGGGUCAUUUGUACUACUUUGACACCAGAAAGCAGUGUUAAACUGACAGAGGUUGAUAACUCCUCCCUCUUCUACCUGCUGUCAAACACAACUCCAGCUCCACCGCACCCGUCCUUGUUCCCUCCCCUUAGACAAGAGCUCAAACUAGUUUCACUUCUCAGAAAGUGAAACUCACACAGUCAUUGUUACUGAGAGCUGAAAUGGCGCAGCAAGGAGCUCAGCUUGACCGAGAAAACUUUUGUUGUUCGAUCUGUUUGGAUCUACUGAAGGAUCCGGUGACUAUUCCCUGUGGACACAGCUACUGCAUGAGCUGCAUUAACAACUUAUGGGAUGGAGAGGAUGACAAGAAAAUCUACAGCUGUCCUCAGUGCAGACAGGCCUUCACACCGAGGCCUGUCCUGGUAAAAAGCACCAUGUUUGCAGCUUUAGUGGAGCAGCUGAAGACGACUGGACUCCAAGCUGCUGCUGCUGAUCUCUGCUAUGCUGGACCUGCAGAUGUGGCCUGUGAUGUCUGCACUGGGAGGAAGCUGAAAGCCCACAAGUCCUGUUUGCAGUGUCUCGUCUCAUAUUGUGAGAAUCACCUCCAGCCUCAUUAUGAAUCAACAAAAUUUAAGAAACACAAGUUGGUCGACCCCUCGGAGAAGCUCCAGGAGAACAUCUGCUCUCGUCAUGAUGAGGUGAUGAAGAUGUUCUGCCGUACUGAUCAGCAGAUAAUCUGUUAUCUCUGCCCUGUGGAUGAACAUAAAGGCCACGACACAGUCUCAGCUGCAGCAGAAAUAACUGAGAGGCAGAGAGAGCUCGAUGUGAGUCGACUAAACAUCCAGCAGAGAAUCCAGGACAGAGAGAAAGAUGUGAAGCUGCUUCAACAGGAGUUGGAGGCCGUCAGUCUCUCUGCUGAUAAAGCAGUGGAGGACAGUGAGAAGAUCUUCACUGAGCUGAUCCGUCUCAUCCAGAAAAGAAGCUCUGAUGUGAAGCAGCAGAUCAGAUCCCAGCAGGAAACUGAAGUGAGUCGAGUCAAAGAGCUUCAGGAGAAGCUGCAGCAGGAGAUCACUGAGCUGAAGAGGAAAGACGCUGAACUGAAGCAGCUCUCAAACACAGAGGAUCACAACCAGUUUCUACACAACUACCCCUUAGUGUCACAACUCAGUGAACCUACAGAGUCAUCCAGCAUCAAUAUCCGUCCUCUGAGAUACUUUGAGGAUGUGACAGCAGCUGUGUCAGAGCUCAGAGAUAAACUACAGGACAUCCUGAGGGAGGAAUGGACAAACAUCUCACUGACAGUGAAUGAAGUGGACGUUUUACUGUCAGAUUCAAAAAGAGAGCCCAAGACCAGAGCUGAGUUGUUAAAAUAUUCACAUGAAAUCACUCUGGAUCCAAACACAGUGCACACAGAGCUAUUAGUAUCUGAGGGGAACAGAAAAGUAGAACGAAUGAGAAAACAACAGUCUUAUUCUAGUCAUCCAGACAGAUUCAAUGAAUGGUGGCAGGUCCUGAGUAGAGAGAGCGUGACUGGACGUUGUUACUGGGAGCUGGAGUGGCGAGGAGGAGGAGUUGGUGUAGCAGUCGCAUACAAGAAUAUCAGCAGAGCAGGAGGCAUAAAUGAAUGUGUAUUUGGAUUCAAUGAGAAAUCUUGGAUGUUAUAUUGUGACAAUAACAGUUAUAAGUUUUGGUUCAAAAGAGUCUCAACUCCCGUCUCAGGUCCUCAUUCCUCCAGAGUAGGAGUGUACCUGGAUCACAGAGCAGGUAUUCUGUCCUUCUACAGCGUCUCUGAAACCAUGACUCUCCUCCACAGAGUCCAGACCACAUUCACUCAGCCUCUCUAUGCUGGAGUUAAGCUUAAUUGUGUUGGAGACACAGCUGAGUUGUGUACAAGAGCUCAAACUAGUUUCACUUCUCAGAAAGUGAAACUCACACAGUCAUUGUUACUGAGAGCUGAAAUGGCGCAGCAAGGAGCUCAGCUUGACCGAGAAAACUUUUGUUGUUCGAUCUGUUUGGAUCUACUGAAGGAUCCGGUGACUAUUCCCUGUGGACACAGCUACUGCAUGAGCUGCAUUAACAACUUAUGGGAUGGAGAGGAUGACAAGAAAAUCUACAGCUGUCCUCAGUGCAGACAGGCCUUCACACCGAGGCCUGUCCUGGUAAAAAGCACCAUGUUUGCAGCUUUAGUGGAGCAGCUGAAGACGACUGGACUCCAAGCUGCUGCUGCUGAUCUCUGCUAUGCUGGACCUGCAGAUGUGGCCUGUGAUGUCUGCACUGGGAGGAAGCUGAAAGCCCACAAGUCCUGUUUGCAGUGUCUCGUCUCAUAUUGUGAGAAACACCUCCAGCCUCAUUAUGAAUCAACAAAAUUUAAGAAACACAAGUUGGUCGACCCCUCGGAGAAGCUCCAGGAGAACAUCUGCUCUCAUCAUGAUGAGGUGAUGAAGUUGUUCUGCCGUACUGAUCAGCAGAUUAUCUGUUAUCUCUGCUCUGUGGAUGAACAUAAAGGCCACGACACAGUCUCAGCUGCAGCAGAAAGGACUGAGAGGCAGAGAGAGCUCGAGGUGAGUCGACUAAACAUCCAGCAGAGAAUCCAGGACAGAGAGAAAGAUGUGAAGCUGCUUCAACAGGAGGUGGAGGCCGUCAGUCUCUCUGCUGAUAAAGCAGUGGAGGACAGUGAGAAGAUCUUCACUGAGCUGAUCCGUCUCCUCCAGAAAAGAAGCUCUGAUGUGAAUCAGCACAUCAGAUCCCAGCAGGAAACUGAAGUGAGUCGAGUCAAAGAGCUUCAGGAGAAGCUGCAGCAGGAGAUCACUGAGCUGAAGAGGAAAGACGCUGAACUGAAUCAGCUCUCACACACAGAGGAUCACAACCAGUUUCUACACAACUACCCCUCAGUGUCACAACUCAGUGAACCUACAGAAUCAUCCAGCAUCAAUAUCCGUCCUCUGAGAUACUUUGAGGAUGUGACAGCAGCUGUGUCAGAGCUCAGAGAUAAACUACAGGACAUCCUGAAGGAGGAAUGGACAAACAUCUCACUGAGAGUAAAUGAAGUGGACGUUUUACUGUCAGAACCAGAGCCCAAGACCAGAGCUGAGUUCUUAAAAUAUUCACAUGAAAUCACUCUGGAUCCAAACACAGCACACACAGAGCUGUCAUUAUCUGAGGGGAACAGAAAAGUAGAAAGAAUGAGUCAACAACAGUCUUAUUUUAGUCAUCCAGAAAGAUUCAAUAAAUAUUAUCAGGUCCUGAGUACAGAGAGUCUGACUCGACGUUGUUACUGGGAGGUGGAGUGGAGAGGGUUAGGAGUUGGUGUAGCAGUCGCAUACAAGAAUAUCAGCAGAGCAGGAGGCGCAGAUGAAUGUGUAUUUGGACUAAAUGACAAAUCUUGGAUGUUAUAUUGUGACAAUAACAGUUAUAAGUUUUGGUUCAAAAGAGUCUCAACUCUCGUCUCAGGUCCUCAUUCCUCCAGACUAGGAGUGUACCUGGAUCACAGAGCAGGUAUUCUGUCCUUCUACAGCGUCUCUGAAACCAUGACUCUCCUCCACAGAGUCCAGACCACAUUCACUCAGCCUUUAUAUGCUGGAGUUAAGCUUAAUUAUGUUGGAGACACAGCUGAGUUGUGUAAACUCAAAUAGACAGAAGUCAUUUCAGACUUCAUGUGUCAGAUUCUGUGUUGUAAUUCUUCAUUUUGUUUGUCUCAAUUUUUCUAUCCUGCACAGAGAUCAGCUGUCAAUCAAACUGUUGUCAACUCCCCUUUUCAUUUGUUCUGCUGAGGUUUUGAGUUUCUUUAAAUGUCACUUUUUCCUGUGUGUUCUAAUCCAUGGAAGCUCUCACUGCACAUGUUAAUGCUUUUAACCUUCAUUGACAUUUCUUCAGAUGAAAAUGUGAACUUCUCUUUUUUGUAAAUGUUAGUUUCAUGUUUGUACAGAUAUACUUGUUUGUUGUUGUUUCUUAAACAGAGAAAACAGCUGAACUUCCUUCACCAUUUAAUUUUAGUUCUUAUCAGUUUGUGAAUUUGUAAAGAAAUGUGUUAUAAAACUAAGAAUUCAGAUAACAAUCGAUGUGGAGAUCAUUAAUUAUUUUCUUGUACAUAGCUGACAUUCUGUGUUAAACUAAUCAGUUGUGUGGUUGAAGUGAAUCUGAACAUGAAAUCAUUAAAUUAGAGUCAUUUAACAGACUUUACUGUUUGGAUGUGUGAACAAAGUGAAUGUUUACAUCAUGAAUAAAGCAGUUCAUCUCAAGAAUGAACAAAUUGUUUUCCGCUGUAUUCAUUUCAAGAUCUCAUUCAAAGUUUGUGGAGAAAAUAUGAAACUAAUAUGAGAAUUGAUUUGAUCCAGUCUUCCUCCUGACAAACCACAAAGUACAUAGGUCAUGUUUGUCAGUCUGUCUCUGAACUUUCAGGUUAAUCAUUAAAACAGCU